GACGCGAGAAUAAACAUCGAGGAACUAUCUGGUAGUGUCCGACAAUCAUAGUGGCCAUCAAAAAUGGCAGCAUACACAUUACCGGAGGGAUUCUCCGAUUUUGACAUGUUUGCAUUCGGUUCAGCUCUUCUUGUUGGGGGUCUUGUUGGAUUCUUCCUCAACGCCGUUUCAAUAUUGGCCUAUAUUAGCGUAAAGCAAAUGCGAACUCCCAGUAAUUUCCUUGUCUUUAACCUUGCUGUGGCUGACAUUAUGCUCAAUACAACCGGCCUGAUUGCUGCAUACGCCAGCUUAUCUUACAGACACUGGCCCUGGGGUCAAGAAGGAUGUAACAACCACGCCUUCAUAGGGAUGACAGCAGUCCUGGCCUCUAUCAGCUUCCUGGCUACCAUCGCCUGGGACAGAUAUCACCAAUAUGUCACCAAUCAGAAGCUGUUUUGGAGCACAGCCUGGACUUUCUCUAUCAUUAUCUGGGGGUUGGCCAUCUUCUGGGCGGCCGUCCCUCUGACUGGUUGGGGAGUUUAUGACUUUGAGCCAAUGAGGACGUGCUGCACUCUGGACUACACCAAAGGAGACAAGGACUACAUCACCUAUAUGGGAGCCCUGACUGUCUUCUACCUUAUCUUCCCUGCUUAUUCAUGAAGUCCAACUACGACGCCAUUUA